AUGUCGUCGCAAGGAGGAUCAAGUGUUUCACUAUCGGGUGAUGUCGCCUUCGUUACUGGUGCUGCUUCAGGUAUUGGAUAUGCGUUGAGUCGAAAGCUGGUGGAACUAGGUGUGAAAGUUGUCAUGGUCGACGUGAACGAAGAGGGAUGCUCAGAUAUGGCACGGGAAUUCAACCGAGGCACUGAGACAGUCGCUAUCGCUGUCAAAGCUAAUACCUGCUCUUGGGACGAACAGUUUGCCGCGUACGAACGUGGAGUGAAGGCCUUUGGUCGGAUCGAUUACUUCUUCGCAAACGCAGGUAUCAGCGAGAGACAAUGGCUCCCUACCUUCGACCCCUCGACCGCCUCUUCACGGCCCAUAACAAAGCCAGCGCUUACAACCCUUGAAGUCGACUUGAUCGGUCAACUAUACACUGCCGCGUUGGCGUUGCAAGUCUUUGAACGACAAGAAGUGAAUCGACAUGGGUUCCGUGGUAAACUGCUUCUGACAGCUUCGAUUUAUUCGUAUUUUACGUGUUCGACUAUGCCGAUGUACACUGCGUCCAAGGCUGGGAUUUUGCAUUUCAUGAGGUCGGCGGCGAAAUUGUAUGAGGGGAAAGGUGUCACGGUUAAUUCUGUUGCUCCCAACUUGCUCGCUACGAAUAUAGGAUCCAAAGAAGCUUUCAAGGUGUUUGAAGCUCGUGGUUUGUUGAGGACACCAAUGGAUCUAGUCGUAAGGCAAUUUAUCUCUGUCCUAGGGGAUAGCAAAGACAACGGUAGAGCGAUUUCUAUCAACGACGAGGAAGUUUGGGAUCAUCCCGUAGAUAUGACGAGGUGGGAAGAGAAUUCGAAAUGUUGUGAUAUGAUGGAGUAUAUGACGGGGAUCAGGACGGGUUACUGGAAGUGGAGAGAAGAUGCGUAG